CGCCAUAAACCGAGAGGCUCCCCAUCGGAAAUCAGAAAGGCGAGCUUUCGUUCGGGAACUGUCAAGUACGUUGGUUCAUUUUCUUCUUUUGCGCGAUCGAAUCGAGAAGAAAGAAGCAACUUUUCCGAGACUCGUCGGUUGAAAAAUAAAAUAGUGCGUCGUCCAGUCGCUAGACGAAAAUAAUUACCACUCGGUGUUUGCGGAGCAAGUUCUCGGAAGGGGUCGAUUUUCCAGCGGAAUUUCCUCCGGUUAGAGGUUGCUUUUUCGUCAGUCGGUAUUACGCGUACAGGAAGUCGAGUUCUAAAUCCGGGAGUUACGGAAUUCGGGAAGCGUCUUGGUCGUUCCUUUUGUUGGGUCUGUGUGCGGUCGUCCUCUUGAGGAGUCGAUUUUUUAUUUCUCAAGUAAAAACUUGCAACAUCAAGAGCAGCAGCGGAGGGUAAUAUUUCGUUGUUUCUUUUUCCAUCAUCCUCUGUCUCGCCUCUCGCGUUCGCUUGUUUCGAUUUUGACGUGUGUGUAUACGAUUGUGGUGGAAAGAAGAAGCCGUUUUCCGGGAGUUCCGCACAGGCACCAAGCAGGCAGGCAGACAGCAGCAGCAGUAGCAGAAGAGAGGAAAAAGAUCCCCGAGAAUCCCCGCCGAUAUAUCCGUGCCGCACUAUCCAGAAGAGAAGAGCUGAACUUUGUCGUGAACAGUAAAACCUAAGUCGCGAUUAGCCAGAAGAAAAUAAUAUAAACCGUUCCUGUCCCGCAGUUGGCACAGAAGAUGCACGGAGAAGAAGUUUGAAGAAAGCCUAAAAGAUAAAAGCAGAAGGAAAAAGUAAUAGUGGUUAGAGAUCAGCAAGAUCAUCAUCUGAAAGAAGAAGAAGAAGCAGGAAAGAGUGAAUCAAAGUUGAUGAAAAGUAACACGUAGGAGUAAUAAUAAAAAAUAUAGAAGAAGAAGAAGAAGCAAUCAAAAUAGUGCGCGCUGUUGUUGUUGUCUCGCCAAAGUUCGAUUCCAUUCCCAGCAUCAGCAACAACAACAACAACAACACCGAGGCAAAAAAAGUAAGCAGCCAUAAAGAAGAUAGCCGUAUAGUGCGCGAGAGUGAUUCCCGUUUGUGUGUACAUAUAUUUCAAUUCGAUAUAUACAUAUAAAAUUGUACUCCCAAGUCCGUCUGGCCUGGAAGAAGAUUGAUCUCUCUCCCCCUCAAUCAGCGUCGAUUGAUUUGCUGGCUGCGGUUUUCCUUUUCGCGUCGUUUUGUGCGAGCCAGAUUUUGCGUGCGGUCAUCGGCGGAGCAAACCGGGUGCGUGUCCGUGGAGUGGUUCAUGUGCGUACGUGCGUGCGUGUGUGUAUGUUUCUUUUAGUGCGUUGAUUAUUAGCUCCGGUUGUUGAAAUUCAGCGGAGAAGUAAUAGAGGCUAAGGAAGAGACGAAGAAGAAGAAGAAGAAGAAAUACCCGGUAAACGGACGCAGAAUCCACGGCAAGAAGUAGCAGUUUGGCCGCCACCACUUACCGAGUCUGCUCCGUAGCGGAAGGUGAACGUAUACAGUCGAUUGACAACCGGAAAAGAGGCUGAGAAAAGUAAGAGCGAAACUACAAUGGUAUCCACACGUCAGAUGACCGGUGCCACAACGGAGGAAAGUACCCUCUACCUGUUUCGCUCCUCAGCCGCCAGCAGCAGCAGUUCCAGCCAGCCUUCUUCGAACAGCCGAUCCGCCACCACAAGUACCACCGCCGCCACUCAGAGUCACAAUUCGGGCAGUGUCAGUUGUUCAAAUGUUCCCCAGGCCCACGGCUCGGGGGUGGCGGGGGCGGUGGUAACGGUUCACAGUUCACCCCAGCAGCCACCGCCGGACGAAAGCCUGAAUCUGCUGAAUCUACCCGUCGAAAUCCUGGGACACAUAUUCUCCUAUGUGGGCUACAAGAAAGUGUCGCAGAUGCGAGUGAUAUCACAUCAGAUGAACCAAGUGUGUAGUUCGAUACUGAAUUCCACCUUCCAGAAGCUCCAGACACAGAUGCUGAAUCGUUUUCAGAUCGUGAAAGCAAAAAUGCCGCGCAGAGAAUCCGCCCGUCGAAAUCACCCACUGGCCUGCGAGUGCGAUAUCCUGGAAACGUGUUCGAUGCGUUUAUCACUGCUCCAGAUGACAUUCGGUAAACAUAUCGAGCGGAAGCAUUGUUGCUUUUUUCCUGGUGGGAUACUGGACGAGGUGUAUUCGGUGCUAAAUUACAUUCGGAGCACACCGACGCUGGCCCGACCCUUCAAGGUGACCGACGAGCUGUUUGACCUGUCGACGAUGGCCAUGGAGUACUUUAGGGAGCACCUUGAACCAAAUUUACCUGAUAUAGCAUGCUUUAGCAAGGAUUACACAUCUAGUACAAAACCGUUCACGGCCCUGGAGGUAUCGUCCUCCAUCCUAUCCCGGGACACAUCACACUCGAGCUCGUCCUCGCCACCCCAGAGCAACAUGGUGCUCCGGAAGGGUAUUCGCAAAAUCAAACAGGGAAUGAAGAGAUACAAUAAUCAAUUAUCGGUGUUACGUAGCGAGUUGCGUACCUGCAAGCGGAAGGCAACCGAGCAGGCGAAACAAAUUGCCGAGCAGCAGAAAUUGCUGGCGGAACAGCAAAAGCAAACACUCGAGUAUGCAAAUCGGCUCGACGAGAACGACAAAAAGAAUGAGGAGAUAUCGAGGAAGUUUUCCACCCUGCUACAGGAACUGAACAAGUGCAAAACCGAACUGCAGUACUGGCGAUCCAAGAGUCCGGCCACGCCAAACUGCAAUGCCUGUGGUCAAGCCAUCGUUGCCAUGCCCCCGGAAGACCUUCAGGCACUGGUCAACCAGGGCGUCCGGCCGGAGGAAGUUGGUCUGCCAGCCAUCGCCGAAGAACCCGCCGACCUGCGAGAGGACAUCGAGAAUGUCCUGCUGGACCUGGACGCCCAGCCCAUGUCUCCGCUGCCCCCUUCGGUGGUAGCCGUCAUUGGUUCGCCCAAGAGCCAAAAACGGAAGUUUGAAUGCAUCGAAAGUGCCAGCGAUGAUGUCGCUUCGGCUGGUUCGUCUUCCCCCAGUGGAAGCGAACUAGCUUCCGGGUCAUCAUCACCCCUGAACCCACCAUUCGCUUCGGCUCCGUUGGCCUCUAUUGUGGCAUCGUACUCGUCGUCAUCGUCAUCGGCGGCUGGACCGUCAUCAAUGUCCCCACACCACCACCCUUCAUACCCCUCGACGGCGUCGUCAUCUUCGGCUGUGUUGCCUUUGCUAAUACCCCCAACCUGCUCCUCUCCUCCGCACUUUUCCCAGGCAAACCUGCUUUCCCCCUCCUUGGCUACUGCAUCGUCCACAGUGGCGUCAUCAUCAAACGUUUCCUCUAAUCUGAAUGCCACUGUUGGCUGUAGCGGUAGCAGUAGUGAUAGUGUUAAUCAUAAGAAACUUCGAAGAGUACAAAAUAAAGCUAGAUCACACACUAACCACAAUAAUAGCGCUAAUGUGGCUAACACAAACACAAAAGCAACUAGAAGUAAGCAGUCGGAGAAAUAAAUCCAUUUGCGAUUGAUCUGAACAAUUUCUCAACCGUAGUAGAGUUGAUUUGAACUAGCAGACUAUAGGUACAUAAACAUAUAUAGCAAAACAAACAAAUUCCCUUCCCUUUUUCAUGGGAUAAACAAAAAUUCGAAUGACAAUUUUUAGUUAAUUUUAUAUAAUUAGUUUCAUUCGCGUCUAUAUUUCAAGUUAAUCUGUACCGUCUUUCCAUAACCUUUCGGUUUUUUUCAAACUUUUCUUACGUACUAAACAACCAAUUUCCUUUCACAGCUUUUGGCAUUUGAUUAAAAACGCUGUUCUAGAGAGAGAAAACUAAACAUUGUCAACUACCCUACCAAAUUCUACACACACACACACACAUAAACACACACAGCCACAUACAGAAACACUAUUUACCAUAUGUUAUUCUUUGUCUAACCAAGAUAGAUAUCCGGAAAGCAGCACAAAACGCUGUCUCAAUGUGUAACAAUAGUUUAAUUUACAACCAAACAAAACCAAUAUCAAUAGAAGCAAAACAAACAAAAAAGCAUAAAAACCACUUUGCACUAUCUCUCAAGAUGUCACCCACACCAAAAACAAUUACAAGAGAAGAACCUAUAAAUGGUAUAAUGGAAACAAUAACACAGAAAAUAAUAUAACUUUUGCUUUAUACAGUAAUACCGAACUACCAGCCGCAGCAUAUUUGUGUCGCAAUAUAGAAUAAUCAAAACAGAAGACAAAUUCACCGUUUAACAGCAACAACAAUAAAACAAAACAAUAGCCCUGUAACAAUAGUAGAGUAAUGGAAACAGCCACCAAGUAAAACUCACACCUGUAAUUUACACGCUCACACACUCACGAAAAUAAAAACACAUACAUACAACAACAAGCAAACCGACAACAGAGUAGAAGAGGUACAACAUUAUAUCAGCAAUGGGUGUUGGAUGAUGUCGGCGCAUAUUCGUUUAGCAUGUUACGUUUCACUCACUAAACUCACUAAACAAUUACAAUUACAGACAGGUAGUCGAUUUCUCCUGAGUGAUAAUUUAGGCUAUACUUGAUACCAUUUCAACACACGUUUAUUCCCCCCACCCAGGAAUUCCGUUUUGGCCAAGAACAAACACAGAGCGAGGUUUCGAAAGUGCGAUUUUAGCAGGAUAGAUUUGUGUUGUAAGGAAUUUUAGUUGGAACUGUUUCGUUGGUAGAAUAGUAUGGAACACUUAUUUUUUGGAAAUUACUUUCAAUAAACAAAACAACAAGCGGGUUUUGACGGUUUGUAGUUGAGGUGUUUUUGGUGUAAUGGGCGAUGAAAAUCUAGGACUAUUCCAGACAGUUGAAAAAACAAUCGAAGACAUGUUAUUAACUCCUGAUGUGGGUUUCUUUAGUGGCAUAGUUUUCCACGGUAGCCUCCGAUUCCAGUCCAGGAAGCUUCAGAACAAUCUACGAAUACAAUUUGAAUUUUUCAAAGCGACGCUUUUCUCAGCAACGUUGGAACGAGUUCUGUACAAAAUUUCGUUGUCUUAUCACUCUCAUGGGUGUUUAAAAGAAGAGCUACCGAAGUCAUUUAGGGGAAUCAAUUUCACUGGUAAUGAUCCUUGCAGCAAACUACACUUGCGCGUUGCGAUUUCUUCGUCCCAUUUGACACCAUCCAAGAAAGUGAUAAUGAUCCACGCUAGGGCAGAUGACGGAGCGCGUUGCGAACAAACUUCCUCUGUACACUCUCGAGUCUAGCAAUCAAGCAAGCUUGGUAUGGGAACCAGAGGCUAGCACUUAACUUCGAAAUUGAACGAACGAACGAAUUUUACAGCGCCCGCAAGCAUAGUGGAUCGCGAAAGUCUUCAGAGAUUUUGAAUAUAAAGCCAACUGCCCAUAAUCGUUACGAUCCACCAGCAGCUGCAACUCAUCGCAAUCAGCGAUGCAAUUGAUGAUCAGAUACAUUCUAAUACCUCUCACCCCAGCAGGCCUGGGUUCAAUCCCAGUCGGCGCCGCCGGGAUGUUCUGAGGCAUAACAUCUCUGAUCACGCCUUCCUUCGGAUGGGAAGUAAAGCCGUUGGUCCCCGGUUCAUGAGUUGAUGGGUCGAUAGGUAGGGUCCAGGUGUGGGAGCUGCCUUCCUGGCACGUCGGUAGCAUUGGUGCUCAGCACGGAAAACAAGAUCGACGGAAAAAACAAACCAAAGGAAAAAAAAGAAGAUACAUUCUAACGUCAUCAGCCUAGAAGCCGGCAUCCGUGUGGCAGAAGACAAGAGAGCUCAUUGAUGAAGAGCGAAAACAGAAUAGGUCCCUUAUUACUCCCAAGGAGAGCGAUGGAAAUGUUCGUGAAUACGUCAUAACGAAAAGCUUCCGUCUUAAAAUGCAAAACGACCGUCCCUAAGGUAAAAUUUGAAGCAAGAAAUCAAGGAUCCGGAGAGUCUAAGUUUUUCAACCUUGCUCAAAAGAAUGCACACAUGGUUCGAACGCAGAGCGACACGAAUUCGGUCAAAUUUGUCGUAACUGACCGUUUCGGGUAGAAUUCAUGCUGAGCCGAUGAUGAACUCGAAUACUUUGGAGCACCAUCAUAUUGAUGAGAUACCGAUGUAAUUCUGGGCUUUCCGUUUGUUGUUUUUCUUGUGAACUACGAAAAUGUCCACGCCUCAGGAAAUUUGCUCUCCUGCAAUGCCAGAUUGAAUAAUUUCGCCAAGGGAGUGGGCUACGUUUCCUAACACAACUUCAGGACGCACGGAGGAAUGCCAUCCGGGUUUGGCAGCAAACGAGAGUGUAUUCACCGAGAUGAACUGACAAUGACAAACCGGCUUCGUUUCUCUUUGAGUUUACAAAUGACCAGAAACGCUUCAGAUUUCUGCUUACGGAAUACAUAUCGUCGACACAGGAAUCUGUUGUAUUUCCUAUAGUCAUUGUGCGUUUGACCUCCUCCACAAGAACCAUUGCAAGUUUUAUCGAAAGUUUAAAGCAUUCUGCAAGUCUAAAUCAUGGUCUACAGAAUACUCAUAAAACCAAAAUUGUUACUUGGGAUGUUUCGUAGCGCUUUGGCCCUGUACCGUUUCAGAUCAUUGGACCUCAGUGCCUUUGGUGUGGCGUGGGCAGUAGUUAUAAAAUCAACCAUCAUGUCCCAAAUCAUUUGGUUGAAAUAUUCAACGGCAUCAUCAACACAACCAGCUGAUUCUAAUGGCCGCCAGUCAGUACAAAACAUAGCAGCACUAAUCUCAGCAUAGUCAACUUGUCGGAAUUCCAGUGUACGAUUAUUUUCGGAACGAUCGGCGCUGGGAGAUUCAUCAUGACGUCCAAAGCAGGGUGGUCUGUGUCAAAAAAGUUCAAAGGUUCUAUGACUUCCGAAACGGUGCAUGCUGUUUCGUUAGCUAGAACAAGGUCUAGAAAGCGAGCGCUUCGUUUCGAUACAACGUUGAUCUACGUGAGGCCAUGUAUAGCGAAAUCAUCGAUAAGCGUUGAACUAGCAGUUAAAACCAUUUGAAACACAACCUGAAAAGACCCAUCGUCCGACUUACUCCACCGGACCAUAGGCACAGGCUGGUUAUAAUCUCCAAACUACAGAGCAUAGUCAUUUAAUACCAAAUUGGAAACAAUAGCACCGAUAGAGUUCGCAUGGUCCUGAAUACUAUUGAUAUCGUUCCGACGAUCUUUUCGACGAAAAUUUCUGUGGAUGUGCGGAUCACACUGACGCUAACAACUCGACUUGGCGCUACGCACUACGGUAGUGCUUCCAAACCAAAGCUGUUCCAGAGCAUCUGAAAUGGAAGACGAAUCGAGUUGGAGCAGCAAUCAGAUCAAGACACCGCCACCACGUGUUUUACACUAUUCGAGGCAUUGCGGUCAGUACAGUUACAGCAAAGGCAUUUCAAAACAGUCACCGCGCCAUGUCUCAGAUAACUCAAUCAGGGGGAUUCUGCGAGUCACGUGACUCUCCAUUUGAUUUGCACGGAUAGUCACCUCACAAUUGUCAUCUCACCUAUGACAGAGAGUCACGUGACUUGCAGAAUACGGGGGAAUAUUGUGGAUCUUACUAAAAAUUUCCGUCUGGCGACUACCAGAGAGUUCUAUUGCAGCUGUCAAAGAUCUGCUGCCAGUAUGAAAAUUAUCUGCCUUGCUGUUCUUCUUCUUCUUCUUGGAAUCUUAUUCCGUAAAAUACAAAUAACUUUCUGGAAGAGCAAUAACAUCAACAAUCACACUCACUGGCGGCCAGAAAUAAUGAAUCCACCCUGGUCCGUAGUCGUCGCACAUUCUGAUAGUAGAGAGAUGAGCUACUACCACAGCUGGACGAUGGAGUCGUUGUGAAAUGUGUAGGAGCUGCAUACGAUACUGUUGGAAUUCAAGGCAAUUCUACAUUUACAACCGGGGGAUGUAUGAUUUACUUACAAUUAUGUGGGAUUCAUCAUCGGAGGACGUUAGUGAAAACCACAUGAACCGAGGAUGCGAUAUACUGAGCUGCGGUCCAAUGCAAGAAAAUUAAGAAAGUAAAAUGUGGAGUGUAUCCUAGUGAGAGAAUUUAUCAUGUCGAAAAAAAAGGUUGCCAACUGGGCACUCGAACCACGAACGUUGCGAUUAUCAGAUCUGUGCUUUCUUCACUGCUCUUUCCUUGCUUCGGUAUACGUAUAAGCUAAAAGCAAACAACAUGCGCUCAUUUCCUCGCAUACGCGACUUCGUUUGCUUUUUCUGCUGGAGAGAAUUGGGGCAAGUGUGUGAGUCGUUCUACGAUGUUACAUACAAAUCAAGGGAAAUGCUUGCUUGUAUAGGUGAAAACUUAUGCAGAACACGGUAUAAGAAAAGAUUAAAAAUCAUUGCAUCAUCUGUAAGGUCAACUUCAAGCAUUCGCUGCGAUGUUCAUGAACAGAGGAUGAUAGGAAAUGGAACUAACAUUCAUUGUAAUAAAUUCUUGGUUUGCUUGUACUUGCCUGCUGAAGCGGUUUUUUAUUUUGCAUUUAAAAAAAAACUGUAAGAUCCUGUAUUCGUGAAAACAAUUCAAAACUUUGGAUUUGUAAACGUUUCUAGAAUCUAAGAUAAUUUUCAAUUUCAUUUAGAUCUGUAAACAAUUAUGGAAUCCCAUGCUUGGAA